AUGUUCUCUAGGUUAUUCUCUUACCUAUGCAGGGGUCACUCUUCAAAGGAGGGAGAGCAAUUCGCGGAGUGGAAUGUCGAGCUGCUUACCACAGCAAAUGCAAACCUUGCCUUGCAGCUCGAAAGAGCAGAUAGCAAAAUCAAAAACCUCAAGGCUAGACUUGCAGAGUCAGACCUUCUUCUCGCACAUGCCCAAGCCCGUAUGGGAGAUUGCAACUAUGUAGGUCUGCCACUGGAUGAUGAUCUCUUUGGGACGACGGAUUCCUUAGUGGGUUCAAAGGCCGCUCAGCGCUUCAACUGGAUCGAUGAUAUCUGGUUAUGCACCAAUCAGGGGUAUCUUAAGGAUGCAGAGAAAGCUUGGAAAAAUGGGGAUAUUGAGUCUGCACGAAGUACACUGGAAACUUCUCUCAUGGCCAGCUCGUGUCUGUCGAUAUCUGAAGCCAUCCAUUCUCGAGUGUUCCUUGCAGCUAUCCUGUAUGCCAUCGGUAAGUACCAUGAAUCUCUUUUCCAAUUGGAUCGUGUAAUGAAUGAUACCUCCGCCCGAAGUGAAGUUCCGCACUUUCGGUAUAGGAAUAUUGUGGGCACCGCAUACUUCAUUGAGGCUAUGGAUUUCAUGGCAAUGGAAAGGUUUGAAAGAGCCUACUGGUCCUUCUCAAGGUCACUGCAGCUUCCAGGAUAUUGUGACAAAGCACGUGAAUAUCAAAUUAAAGCCAUUGUGGAGUUUACUCGACAGCAAACCUGCGAUGAUGGUGCAUCUGACAACUUAUCUCUUCGUCCUGUGAUCAGUUUGGAUGAACAUCUCCCAAUUCCAGCCGAUGUUGAUGAUGAUCCCUGUCAAUACCGAGUCUGGUGA